UUCCCGGGGGGGUGGGGGGUGGGGUGGGGGGAGGGAGCACCCCCAGAAAUUCCUGGACAUCACCCCCUGCCCCAAGCAUGCAAUAAACAGUGACAAGAAAAAGUUUUUAUUUCCUGGUUCAACUUUUUUUUUUCCUGGAAUAUAGACUGAAGAAUGGAAAUAAACGCGAAUAAAUAACAGGCAGGCCGCGCACGCCGGGAUGCGCCUGGCUGCAGCCGCGAGGCUAUUGUCUCAUCGCCCUGAAGCCAGCCCCGGCCUCGAGCUCUGGCUCCUUCCCUUUCCCUGUCCUUUUUGAUUUUUCCUUUUUAAAAAGACGCCCCCUCCAGCCCCCUCGCCGGUGACCUUGGCCGCCUCGGAUGCUCUGAUUCCACGCGGCUCCCUCCAACUUGCCGGGCCCAUGGCCGCGUCCGAGGACGGGAGCGGCUGCCUCGUGUCGCGGGGCCGCUCGCAGAGUGACCCCAGCGUCCUCACCGACUCCUCGGCCACCUCCUCCGCGGACGCCGGGGAGAACCCAGAUGAGAUGGACCAAACCCCCACAGUGCGCUCCGAAUAUCUGGUCUCAGGGAUUCGAACUCCCCCCGUGAGGAGGAACAGCAAACUGGCCACCCUGGGCAGGAUCUUCAAACCCUGGAAAUGGAGGAAAAAGAAAAAUGAAAAACUGAAGCAGACGACAUCCGCCUUGGAGAAGAAGAUGGCCGGCCGGCAAGGUCGGGAGGACCUCAUCAAGAAGGGGCUGCUGGAGAUGAUGGAGCAGGACGCUGAGAACAAAGCAUGCGGCCCUGAUGGAGGCCCCCGAGCUGCACAGAGCGAACCUUCCACACCCAAGCAGGAGCCGCUGACUUCAGAGGAAGCCCAGCCGGGAAGCCCGUCGGCCACUGGGACAGACCAAGCGUCCCCAGAUGAGCCGCUGUCCUCGGACACCCAUCCGGACGAUGCAGCCAAGAUGUCAUCAGCAUCCGGAGGUGAAGAAGCAGAUGCUGGCGGCAGCCGUCCACCUACCACGGACGAGCCCUCUCAAGCCUUAGCUGGGUCCGACUCCCAGGACAGUCCUCCCAGACCCUUGGAGAGGUCCAUGGGCCAGCUCCCCAGCCCCCCACUGCUGCCCACCCCACCACCCAAGACAGGCUCCAAAACCACAAAAAAUGUCACAGGCCAAGCUGCGCUCUUCCAGGGCUGUGGCGGGAAGAGUGCUGACCCUCCCCUCCGAGGACAGCUUUCUACGCCCACGGGGUCUCCACAUCUCACCACCGUCCACCGGCCGCUGCCCCCCAGCCGCGUCAUUGAGGAGCUGCACAGGGCGCUGGCCACCAAGCACCGCCAGGACAGUUUCCAAGGAAGGGACAGUAAAGGGUCCCCAAAGAAGCGCGUGGACGUCCGGCUGUCCAGGACGUCCAGCGUGGAGCGGGGCAAGGAGCGGGAGGAGGCUUGGAGCUUUGACGGAGGCUCGGACGGCAAGCGGGCUACGGCUGCAGAGUCCGAGGAGAACAAGGAGAACUUGAUCAUGAACUCUGAACUCAAGGACGACCUGCUCUUGUAUCAGGACGAAGAGGCACUGAACGACUCCAUCAUCUCUGGAACCCUGCCGAGGAAGUGCAAGAAGGAGCUCUUGGCAGUGAAGCUAAGGAACCGGCCCAGCAAGCAGGAGCUGGAAGACCGGAACAUCUUCCCCCGGAGGACUGAUGAAGAGAGGCAGGAGAUCCGGCAGCAGAUUGAAAUGAAGCUAUCCAAACGGCUGAGCCAGAGACCUGCCGUGGAGGAGCUGGAGAGGAGAAACAUCUUGAAACAAAGAAAUGAUCAGACAGAACAGGAAGAAAGAAGAGAAAUCAAGCAAAGACUGACGAGAAAGCUUAAUCAGAGACCCACAGUUGAUGAACUGAGAGACAGAAAAAUUCUGAUACGAUUCAGUGAUUAUGUGGAGGUGGCCAAAGCCCAGGACUAUGACAGACGAGCAGACAAACCCUGGACGAGACUGUCGGCAGCGGAUAAGGCAGCAAUUCGUAAAGAACUGAAUGAAUACAAAAGUAACGAAAUGGAGGUGCAUGCAUCAAGCAAGCAUUUGACAAGAUUCCACAGGCCAUAGAGAUUUUCUUCUGAGAAGAAUUGUGUUUAAUUUUUGAUACCAACACUGAACAUUCAUCAGGGAACUUUCCUGAAGUUCAGCUCACAACUACCUGCUAUGUUUGUGAGAGAAGCAGGGUCAUGUAGGCAGGUGAAAUCCUGGCCACACUCACCUGUAAGAGGAGGACCCAGAGGACACACUUCACUCUUUGGUGUCUGAGGAGUGUGACUUUGGGGUCAGUAAGACCCCAAGGAAUCUACCAGAAGAAAACUGCUGUCUGCCUCCCCCCUUGUUUUCCAGCUCUGCGUUGUGACGGAGAACGGUGAUGUGCGUCGCAGGGUCACCAGCCUGGGCUCUGGCCGAGGGACGUGUGACACAGUGUAUCAGUACCAUGUGGAGAAGGCAUUUUUAUUCUGAACACGAUUAAUCUGAGAACUCUUUAAGUUCAUGUUCUACAAAAUGAUUUACUGUACUAUACUUUUUCUUUUUUACAUAUAAUGUCUAACAAAAAAUACAGCUGCAGCAUUUUGAUUCCUGUUAAUUUUGUUCUUUUAAUUAAAUGACUACUUAUUGCAGGAAAUUCACCUGGGCGUUACAUUUCUUGGGUUUGAGGGUGAGAGUUGUUUUUUUUUGUUUGUUUUUUUUUUUUUAGAAUAGGGAUCUCUGAAACAAGUUAAAUUUUAUUACUUUUGAGCCAUCAGAAGCCAAACACAUCAAAGAGAAUUCAAACUUUUUGUGUGUUUUGUAAAUUCUGUUAGUAUAUAUGUGGUUACUUGGAAAAUCAAAUUAUCCUUUUCAAGUUAAUUUAUGUAUCAUUGAGUAAUGAACCUGGAAAUAAGUAACAACUUGUUGAAAAAUUCUACUAAGAUGAAAAUUAUGCCCUCCUUAAGAGUAUUUCUCAGUUAACAUUUGCAAACAUUAUUAAAAACUCUGUUACAAGAUGGAGUGGAGAUUAUAAAGAGGAAAUUUACCCCGGCAUAAAGGUAAAAAGUAAUCUUGACAAAAGAGAGAAAGUAAAUUAAGUAAAAAUAAAUGUUCCCUGAAGUAUAUUUUUCCUUGGCCUUUGAGUAAGUGUGCUGGCUAAAAUGAGCCCUUCUUCCCGCCUUCCCUCCGGGUGCAUCGAGGCAAGGAGCACAGUGGUCGGAGCACGACCUUGGGAUCUCGCAGAACCUGUGCCCAAAUCCCAGCUCUGCACCAUUCAGCAAGGUAUUUAUUUCCUCUGCAGGAAGGUCUCUCUGUCUCACUGCUGCUAUAAUCUGUAAAUGAGAUACAGGAGGUAAUGUGGCUCAGGUGCCUGGCACACUCUCAGCACCCAGUGACUGUCCUCUGCCAGUACGGUUGCCAGGUGGCCCUGGAGCAGCUGGAAGUCCCCUGUGACUUCUCACUGCACGUGCUGCCUCCUUGCUCUCCGUGACCUUCCUGUUCCGCCGCUUUAAGGCUGGAGUGGGUCAGGGGCCCCCGGGAAACUGCUCAACCCUUGUUGAGCACUUUGUCCUUAGGGACUUGUGAUUGGUCCUAGAUGCUAGCAAAUACACUAUUAGUUGAACUAGAGUGUUUUAUAAGAAAUCACUGUGUGGUAGAAAAACUCCAGCUCUACCUCUUACUUGCUGUGUAACUGUCUAUGAAUCGCUUGACUUCUCUGAGCCUCAAUUUCUGUGUCUGUGAAAUAAGAUGAUAUCUAAAUCCUUUCUGUCUCGAAGCCACUCCCUUAAUUUUAUAAGCAUUUAUGUCUCUGUGUUAUAUUGUAUAUUUAAUACGUAUUUAUAUAUGUGUACUCUAUUUUAUACAUAAACUGUUAUUGGUGGCCAGUCAACCCCCCCAAAACUUAUUUUCUAUUUUAAGCCACACAUUAGCAUCUCCCUCUUUCAUAUUUUAUCAAUUUAAAAUAUUGGAGCCCAAACUAUGUGAAAACAAGAUUUCAAUCUCCCUCAUAUAGAAAUAUCCAUAUAACUACCUACUAUGAAGCAAAGAAAGGAAAAAAGUGCCUCUAUUCUAGAAACCAUCCUGGCCCCCAAAGCAAAAAGGAUCAGCACUUAAAAAAUAACUAAACUGUGCCUAUAGUAAGAGAUAGCCUGGUAGAUGGGACUAACGUUCUGGGUUUUUUGCCCAAGUAAAGUCCCGUAACUGACAGAUAGAUAAAAUUAAAAAUUAAGAUAAAGUACAAGAUACUUAAAGGAUGGUUUGGUUUGGUCCAGACUCAAGGGUUCGACCAUAAAACCAGAAGCUAUUUUCAUUGUAAUCAAAUUUUUUGCAGUAGUAUCUAACUUCUACCAGUGUAUUUUUAUUGAUCAUAAACUAUUACCCUAAAUUAUAUUUCCAUAUUUCAUGUUCUUAGGAGGCAUUCUAGAGGUUGAGAUUAACUAAAACUGUCACUCAAUUACUUCUGUUUACACUGCACCUACUAAGUAUAUGUAAUCCUGCACUAAAUAAGCAUAUGACGUGGCAUCUCAAAUACCUCUCAUCCUAGUUAGUUGGAGGAACAAAAUUAAAACGCAAUUGAUAAAUCACAUGGUACUGGUGACAUACAUGAUAUGUACAUAAACUUACAUGUUUUGUGUAAGUUUGAAGAUAAAGUUUAUAUACUUAAGAGCCUGAAGACUUAGAAAAAAAUUCUGCGUUCUUAUUCAGUAAGUCACAUAUAUUACCUGAAUUAUCAGAAUUCUCCAUGACUAGUAGUAGUCAUUAAUGAGGUUUUUAUGCACGACUUUACAAGUAAUUUGUUUUUAUUUUAACAAAAUAAAAUGAUUAACUAUUAAAGUAAUAUUAAGUGAUUCAAGAAAUUAUUUUUAAGGGGUUUAAAAGAUUUUAAAAACUUAAUUGGUAAUUUUGUGAGAAGAAAUUAAAUCGCAUCUAGAAGCAUCAAGUUUUAAGCCAGUCUGAUAGGGGGACUAGUGCAUUGUAUGAUUUUUGUGAAAAAAAUACAUUUUAAAAAAUGUUAAAAGGGCUUUGAAAUUAUGUAAUUUUGGGACAAUUGAGAUGUAUUAAAAAAUCACCUAACAUUAAGACGUCCACCUUGUGGAAAUACAUGGUAACUACAAGUCUACAUUUAUUCUAUUAUAUAUUGGAGAUUCGAAAGUCAGGUUUUUAGCUACACAUCCAAAGUCCUUCAAUAGCAAACUGAAUUCCAGAAAAGCAAAAUUCUAAUUAUACUGUUAAAAGUACUAGUCACACAUGAUUCCAAUACCCAUUUACCCAGUUCUUUUCCAGAAUUUUUUUGUUUUUCAUAUGAAAGAAGUAUCUCAGAAAAUGCUGAUAAACAACUCAAUGUAUUGAAAGUUAAACUAAAUAUAGGAAAAUAUCUUUAAACAAUGAAUGACUAAAGUUACAUUUGUGCGUUUUUUCUGUGAGCUUACUGAUGAUGGCAUUGGGAACAUGUCUUAGCAAUGCUAGGAUGAACAAUGGAAAAGCGACCAGUUCCAUAGCUCUAUGAACACAGAAUGGUGUUUUAUAUUCACUGUAAUAAAAAAGACUUUUAAAUCUUUAAUCUCAACUGUAAAUCUCCUUAAAGACUGUGAACGGGAAUUCUAAAGACCAUGUU